UUUUUUCUUCAGAUUUUUCAGACAAGUGUCAUGCAUUCGACAGUGGUGUACUUAAAGGUUUUACAGCGAUGUUUCAAUGUUCUGGGAUGGUCUCGUGGACAGUGUUCUUGGCUGUAUUUUAUCUCUUCUGGGUUACGUCAUUGUUUGGCUCGCAAUGUUAUCAGGUAUCAUUAUUAUACUUUGUGUGUGUGUGUGUGUUGGUGUUAUGUACUCAGGUGAAUAUGAUCACAGUUAAUAGAAUACAUGGUUUGGAGACUCCAUGAAAAUACAAUAUAACUCACUAACUAUGUUGUUUUCGGUUUAUGCAAGAAUUUGGGCCUAUCUCGUCACGUGUGUAUUGUAUUUUUUCCCGCACAACCAAUAGCAAUGUUUAAAAUUGAGCAUUUGUUCAAGUUACGGAUGGAUAACUCAACCACAAACUUGUCAUUGGUUAUUUGAGCGAAAAUACAAUACACACGUGACGAGAUAGGACCAAAUUCCUGCAUAAAGCUGGACAAUAACAUAUAGUUAAUGAGUUAUAUUGUUCUUUCAUCGAGUCUCCAAACCAUCUAUUAAAGUAACUGUGAUAUGAUGUAUUGUGAUGUUACUCUGUGUGUGCAUCCACACCGGGCAAGCUGAAAAGUUUGCCUGACCACGGUGGGAAUCGAACCCGUGACGUUUUGGAUACUAGUCCAUCGAAGGAACUAUAGACUCAGUUCCGAAAUAUCACGACCUCCUAGCUCAGUUGGUAGAGCAUUGGACUAUCCCAAAGAUCGAGGGUUCGAUUCCCACCGUGGUCAGGCAAACUUUUCAGCUUGCCUGGUGUGGAUGCACACUCAGAGUAACACCACAAACAAGGUAUCAUUAUUAUCAAAAUCACGAUUGCACGACACUUUAUUUCGAUUGCGUUAGUCUUUAUUAAUCCAAAGGAUUUAAGGAUACAUGUAUGUGGUAAGCAAAUGAAAUUAAACGACCUGUAGAGUUUCGCUUGCUAUUUUUGAUGUUCCACUUGGCUGUUCUAGAAAUUAAUAUAACCUGCCAUUGGCUGGUCUCCUACGCAGCCUGUUUGCGGGUCCGAGGUUUUCUCCCCACGUACAGGCUGCUUACUGCAACAACACAUUCCAUUCCGAUUGUUUCAACUUGACCAAUCAGGAAACGGCAUGACGUAGGCUUCCCGCCAAAUUCAGUAGUGACUAAUUAAUUGUCAGUGCUAAAUAUAUCUCAGUGUUUACUGCUGUUAAAAAUAUAUUAUACGCAUGCUUGAAAUAAUCAACUUGUUUAUAUUCUAUAAUCUAUAUGACGGGAGAAGUGCCCUUGGUAUAGCUGAUCUGAUCAAGGUAUCAUGCAGUAUUAAAUGUUGAUGUGAACAAUAUUCUGACAGUAACGAUUUAUUUGUUUGCAAAAACGUAUGUUAUGAAACGGCUGUUGUCUACUUGUCUAGUUGAGGCUGAAAGUUACCCUAAGACAUAAUCCAUGGACCCAGCUUUUAUCGUCCUAUAUUCCGUUCCUACUCGUUAGAACUGUGAGUAAAACUGUAAAUGAUACCUACAAUACAUUGGGGAAAGCGUUACUGUAUGGACCUCUAUAGAGAGUCACUAUAUACGCCAUACGGCAGUUAUGAAAUGCAACCUGUCCGCAAAGUGGUUUAUACACAGAAAGUGCUUGACAUCGUUUCCCAGGAAGUUAGCGAUUUGUGUUUUAGAAAGAAACUCUCAACUGUGUUAAGAAAAACUGGGGAGGAUGAUCUAAUGAAAUUCAGUCUGGAGCAGCUAUGUGGCUCUGUGCUGCAUGCUCAAGCAAAGAAAUGGUGAAAUGAGCGCGACCGCCUAUGACGGCUAUGUGUUGGGUAUCCUCAAAUAAUCUCGCUCGACUGAGGUUUAUAUAUAAUGUACUUAAUAAUACACUUAAAUACUACUCAGAUAUAUAGUUUUAGUUUUCAUUUUAAUAGGCUUGUACAAAAAAAUAUAUUUAUAUUUUUCUGUAAAGCAAAAGUGCUCGCGGGUUUUAUGAGUUCUCAGACUUCUAUGGUUUCAAAAGUGUUCGGGUUUUAUGCGUUCAAAUAAAACCCGACUCCCGAGCACUUUUGAAACCAUGGCAUAUAGAAGUCUGAGAACUCAUAAAACCCGCGAGCACUUUUGCUUUACAGCAUAUUUUUGUACAAGCCUAAAUGAAAACUAAAACUAUAUAUCAGUAGUAUUUACAGUAAGUGUAUUAUUAAGUACAUUGCUAUAGAGUAUAGUUUUAACUAGCAAAUGUAUAAAUAUUUUUAUAUUUUUGAUUUCGUGUUAAUUUGAAUGCAUGCAGUAAUUUGAAAUUGACAACUUGUCGUUCAAAAUAGUUAUUGAUUACAAAUUUAUAUAUAUUAUAUAUUUUUAUUUAAUUUUCCCCAUGUAUAAAAAAGCUACUUAAAAUAUAUCUUUAAACGAUUUUGGGCUAGAUACCUACUAGACAUCUUCGCAGACUUUUUAUUUAGGCCUCUAGUUACUGUUCAUUUGUGAUAAUUAAAUAGUCAAUUAUUUACAGUCAGUCAAUAGGCCUACAUGCAAUAUGUAAAAUGAGACGUUUUGAAGAAUAUAUACGUCUGUAUUUAAAUCUGGUAAAUUAUUAAGCUGGUGGUACUGAAACAUAAAUAAGGCAGUUAAAUAGUCAAUGAUUUAUAAAGAGCAAUGCCUCUGGUAUUCCAUAAACUACCGCUCUGGCAUUUAUAUUCGUGGAACAGGCGAUCACAUCACAUGAGAGGCAAAUCGAUUUACCGAAGUCUGUAGUAGGCGGGUUGACAAACACAUCUCAUUUUUCUUUAAUUAUUGUUCGAAUCGCAUUCUUCUGAUGAUCGUUGAAAGUAGAAAUACGAAAUAAUGGGCGACUUCACACAAUGCUUGAUCAUGCGACGCCAUCUUUGUUUCGGAAUUAUUAAAUUUAAGCGCGAAUGAGUUCCUGAUUUUGGUACUCAGGCUGUGAUUGGCUAAACAAUCGGAAUGGAAUGUGUUGCUGCAGUAAGCAGCCUGUACGUGGGGAGAAAACCUCGGACCCGCGAACAGGCUGCGCAUGAGACUAGCCAUUGGCAGGCUGCUGUUUCGAUCCGGAAUGGUGGGCCCUAUAAUGUCACAAGAUUUACCCAACGUGUUCCCUAUGACGUCAUCAUUGUAAAACGGGAAAAGCGGUGCUUUACAAUAUAUUAAGCUUUGUUGUAUAUUUUCCUGGACUGACCCAAGUAUCUAGAAAUGUUAAGGGCCUUCGUCACUUUGGGGUCACCUUUUGAGCUGGAUAUUUGUAUAUUUGUUUCUUCUCUUUCGGAAGUUCUCGAGGAAGUUCGUCAUUCAUGUUUUUUAUUCAGAUAUUUUGGCGUGGAAUGACAACAAAUGAAGUUAUAAAUGCUCCAAGAUAUCAACAUUUCUUCACAAAAGAUAAUGGUGGCAUGCCUAGCAGCCCUUUCACGUGAGUAGAUAUUAUAUGACUCCAAAUGCAGGCGAGGGGUUGGGGAUAUUUCUCAAGACUUUGGGGGGGGGGGGGGGGGACACGUUACACCGCUGAGUGGCCCUUCUGUUACUGAUCUUUAUUACGUGCUGCAAAGUCUCCUAGAGUACAAAGGUCUUGCAUGCACAAAGAUCAAUCGGUGAACCGUGUGAUCAUACACGUGCAAAGCGCAAGGCUGAAUUAACAACAAACCAUUGUCAAAUCUCUUCCCAUGUGUACAGGAAAAUAGACCAAUCAGGUUUCCAGAAUUGACUUUGCAAGUCUGGUUGUAAAAAUAAAAUAUUUGGUUGUGCUCCCAAAAAUCACCCUCAACCCCAUAGACUCACAAAUCAAGGUAUUAUGCAGUAUAUUGUAAAGUAAACAAUGACCAUCGCGGGGAUCCACCACCCCUCGGACGUUAAAGUAAACAAUGACCAUCACGAGGAUGUACUAACCCUUGGACAUUUAGGAUGCCCAUCUCGGGGAGCUACUACCCUUUGGGUAAAGUCCAACAUGGUGCACCACGACCCCUAGAGGACAUAUAAUUAUAUUAUAAUCAAUAUUGCUGUAAUAGUGAGUCAGUGGGGCGACACGUUGGCCACAGUUUAAAGUAUAAUCGGAGCAUUUCUCCUCGACAACCCUUCUCCCACAACAUUGUGUGUGUCAUAGUCAUGGUUUCUUAAUUCUCUUAGAAUAUUUGCUGAACGAAUUAAAGCAAGUUUAUAUAUGCCCAUAGCAUUAUAAACUUAAGUAAAACUUCUGUUCUGAAACGUUCUUGAAAAAAUAUUAACUGAAUAAAGUACCUCCGAACAGAAUUAAACUAAAUUCAAUAAAAGAAGUUAUAAAAUUGUUCAUAUUUAGUACGAUUGAAAUGAAAAAAAAGUUUUCUCUUAACGUGGGAAAAUGGUACUGAGUUGAGUAAAAAUAAAAGCAAGAUAGCAGACUUGAAUGUUAACGACAAAGCAUUCAAAACUUCAAUUACUUAACUGGGAAAUUAGCAGUCAAAAAUUCUGCGUUGAAACAUGGCCGUAAAUGAAAUUUCUUCCAAAAUAUGUUUUUGAUGACAAAUAAUCUUGAGUAGCAACGAAAUUUUAAUGAAAUAUUAGUUGAAAUGUGCAGGUGGUUUGUUCUCCGGAACAAUGUGUAGCUAUUUGGUUUUUGAGCGAUAUUUUGCCCCAAUGAUUAUCGUCAAAUUUCAGCAUGUGAGGUGUAUUUUGCUGAAAUUACUUUUUUUCGGGUUAAUUUUCGUGCUAAUUUUCAUCUUCGUUUUAAAUUGCGCAGAAUAUACGCGCAGUUUUUGCGCAAGCUCAGACGUUCUUGUUGUUAUGUUUUGCACAUUAUUAUAGCGGUGAGACGCAGAAAGAUUUUAUAGAGUAAGUCUAAAUACAUAUCGUUCAAUCCUAUUGUAUUUAUUUUUUAGACGUGGAGUUAUCGGCAAUAUCGCUGACUUCUUUCAAUGUUCAUGCUUUGGUUUGGUGAGACCCGUGUAUGUUGACUGGAAAGCUGAGUUCAACUUUGACCAAUUUUCAGCACAUAAAAAACAAACUGUAUAACGCAGACACGGCUAAACAUUCUGUAGCCAUGUUCCUGGAAACUAUCUUAACUUGACCUUUAGUUCUAGUGUAGAGAUGUAUUUACGUCGAUUGGGCUGGAUUUUAUCAGUUACCCCACUCACUAGAGAUACGCAGACACUUCGAAGUAGUAUAGUGUGUUGAAAUUACUCAGUACCCGGAAUAGAUCUGUGACGUGCUGUAGUUAUAGUAUAGGUGCAUCGGAAGCAAUCUUUCAAUUUCCAAGAUAUGGAAAUUGAAAAGUCCAGUAUCCAUGCAGUGGCGAAGCUGAGGGCAUUUGACUAACACCCGCACAGGCCAGUGGAUACGGCGGCAUGCACCACGCAGAGUGGAAAAUUCUUAAUACUUUUUCAUUUUGAAAUUUGUAUUUCACGAAAAUUAAUUUUAUUUCGCUAUAUAUUUCAACUUCACUGAAAAUUUCCCUCAAUAUAGAAGAAAGAAGAGAAUAUUGUAUGUAUGCAUUUUAAUUCGCUUCGGUAUAAAUAUGAUCUUUCAUUUGGAAUUGUGUAAGGUCAACUGUAGUGUACUAUAGUAUAGUAGGCUAUAGUGUCUGCAAGUACCUUGUAAAUCUGAAGCAGAAACCUAUAAAGAGAUUUCAUAGAUUUAGAUAUUUGGUAUAUCUGUAAACCUCUAAUUAUAUAAGUACUCAUGAAUAACUAAGCAAAUGAACUGGUAGUAAAUAUAUUUAUAUCAAGCGAAGGUCUUCACAAAUCUUGUUUAUAUUCGCCAUUAUAUAGAAUACACAAUUGAGUCUGUUAACACCUAUUUCGUGAGCUAAAAUAUCUUGUUAGAAGUCAGAAAUAUUCUAUCCAAAUCUAAAUGGCCUUCCUACAAUACAAUGGAUUGACGUUGGUCAAUUUCCGUAUAUGCAUGACUAAGAUAACUUGAACGAACUGGCUCGACAAAAUUGCUGAAUAAUUUACGGUAUUUAACUUGGUCGUGCUUUCGAAGAUGAGCACGACAAGAAGCCAAAAUUUGGUGAGAUACGCAUGCGCGAGGAGCAAUUUAGCCAAUAGAAUGCGUUGAUAUUUAUAAUUUAGUCGUGCUCACCUGACGAGAGCACGACUAACGGGCGGGUUACCCUUUAGUCGUGCAUGCCAUUGACCCGCGGUCGGGUGAAAUUACACAAUCAUACCUCGAAUUGGUUUAAAAUCACGGCAAAAUUACUGGAUUUGAAAGGAUUUUGCACUUAAUAGAUGACGCAAGUGUAUACCAUGAAUCAUUUAAAAUUUGGGGGGAAUUGUUUUUAAGACUAAAAAAUUCUUUUCUUCGAAAAAUGUGUACUCGUGCCCAGUACGACCUCUAGCUUCGCCACUGCCAGUAUCAUACAGGAUUAUUGUUAUGGCUGUCUAUGGUAGUAUAAAUAAGUAUGGUAGUAUGGUUUCGAGCACAAUUUGGAAAAAGAACAUGCGUGAGUGAGUUUUUCACAAAGAUGCCAAAAUUGCACAAGUACGAAGGACAAGUGCGUGCGAUGCGAAAUCUUUGAAAAACUUACGAUGUUUCUUUUGUCCAAAUUGGACGAGAAAGCAUACUAUUGCCUAUUAAUAAUCAUAUACAUGAAAAAAUUAUGUAGAAGCAAUUGAUGGCAUGCAUGAAACACGUGAGAUAAAUAAUUUACUCACUCAUUGAAUGGCAAAAUGUAUUUUGUUUUGUCGCUUGCUAUAUACCUGCUAAAAUUGCUCUCAUCUUAGCUAAUCAAAAUCGAGUAAUUUUCCCUGUAUAUUAUUAUAACAGUAACGCGAUCUAUCAUGUUUAGCCUAUUUAGUAAAAUAACUUAUUUUUAUACUGAAGACAAACUUCCGAGUUCCGAUUCUGAUCGUUCAUUUUUCAUCAUUUCUGAUCGGAACACAGCGUCCCGGUGCACGCCACUAGUUAAUCGUAGCCAAUAAGUUUCUGAAAAAUAUUGUACGAUGAAGGGAAGAUAUAUCAUCAUAGAUUGACAGAAUCCCUAUUGUGUAAAAAUUCAGCGGCAGAUUAGUCACUAUCAACGGA